AUGAGCGCGAUUCGCGAAGUGGUUACGAUUUUUGUGGGACAAGCUGGAACACAGAUAUCGAAUGCUUGUUGGGAAUUAUUCUGUUUAGAGCACGGGAUUGAACCUAAUGGAAAUUUAAAAAAAAAAUACUCAACAGGCAAUUUCACAUCAUUUUUCUCGCAAACACAGGAAGGAUUGUUUACACCGCGUACCAUAGUAGUUGAUUUAGAACCAACGGUAAUAGAUGAGAUUAAAACUGGCGCUUAUAAAGAACUUUUCCAAUUGGAUUCUUUAAUUACUGGAAAUGAAGAUGCUGCUGACAAUUUCGCAAGAGGCUAUUACUCGCUUGGUCAAGAGGCAAUCGAUAUAACAUUGGAUCGUAUUCGUAAAAUAUGUGAAAACUGUUCGAAUCUAAAUGCGUUUAUAAUUUCUAGAUCAGUCGGCGGUGGCACAGGCAGUGGUUUUACGACUUUAUUGUUAGAACAGCUCAGUGAAGAUUAUGCUAAAAAACUAAAGUUGGAUUUUGCUGUUUAUCCUGCACCAAACAUUUCCACUGUAAUCGUAGAGCCCUAUAAUUCCGUCUUAACUACACACGGCACUAUGGACUAUAUAGAUUGUUGUUUUAUAGUAGACAAUGAAGCAUUAUAUGAUAUAUGUGCAAGAAAAUUAGACGUUGAUGCGCCAACGUAUACAAAUCUCAAUCGUCUGCAAGCACAAAUUAUUUCCAAUAUUACCGCAUCAAUGAGAUUCGAUGGUGUUACAAAUUGGAACCUCGAAGAUAUAAAAACAAAUCUUAUACCAUUUCCAAGAUUACAUUUCCCAUUAAUGGCUUUCGCACCAAUUAUACCUUCUUAUAAAGCAGCAUACUCGAAUAUAUCGGAGCAACAAAUUACGUUGGAUUGUUUUGAUCCUGCUAAUCAUAUGGUGAGAUGUGAUCCACGUAUUGGAAUGUAUAUGAGUUGUUGUCUGCUAUAUCGCGGAAAUAUAAAAAAUAUCAAUGAGAUUAAAAACAUAAUUAAUUUUCUAAAAGAUAAAAAAUUUGUACGUUUUGUUAAUUUUAUUAAAACAAAUUUUAAGCUAGGAUUUAAUUAUUUACCGACUGUUACGGUUCCCGGUGGUGAUUUAACACCCUCAAAAGUAACUGUUGCAAACUUGAGCAAUAAUACUGCCAUCCGGCAUGCUUGGACUAGACUUGCAUCAAAAUUUGAUUUAAUGUAUCAGAAAAAAGCUUUCUUUCAUCAUUAUCUGGCCGAAGGUAUAGAAGAAAGUAAUUUUGCAGAUGCUCGAGCUAACAUAAGUGCUCUAUUAGAAGAUUAUAUUGAAGCCGAAACAUAA